AUCGAACGCGGGGUAUUAUUCGUGUCGAAUUCGCGUUGAGGGAGCCGGUGUUUAGACCUUGGGUAUUAUCAAACUUGAUCAAAGCUGUAGAUUAAAAAGAUAAAGCUUCCCUGCUUUUCAUCGUCAUGUCUUCAGAGAGAUACAGCUUCUCGCUGACCACUUUCAGCCCAUCUGGGAAACUGGUACAGAUUGAAUAUGCUCUGGCAGCUGUGGCAGCUGGUGCUCCCUCAGUAGGUAUCAAAGCUACCAAUGGCGUUGUCAUCGCCACAGAGAACAAGUUCAAAUCAAUUUUGGCUGACGAACACAGCAUUCACAAGGUGGAGAAGGUCACCAAUCACAUCGGCAUGAUUUACAGCGGCAUGGGUCCUGACUACCGGGUGCUGGUGAAGCGGGCGCGGCGCGCGGCGCAGCAGUACCAGCUGAUGUACGGCACGGAGAUCCCCACGGGCCAGCUGGUGCAGCGGCUGGCCGCCGUCAUGCAGGAGUACACCCAGUCGGGCGGUGUGCGCCCGUUCGGCGUGUCGCUGCUCGUCUGCGGCUGGGACCACGGCCGGCCGCGCCUCUUCCAGUGCGACCCCAGCGGCGCCUACUUCGCCUGGAAGGCCACCGCCAUGGGAAAGAACUUCAUCAACGGCAGGACAUUCCUCGAGAAACGGUACGGCGACACCAUGGAACUCGAUGACGCCGUGCACACCGCGGUCCUCACCCUCAAGGAGAGCUUCGAGGGCCAGAUGAACGAGAACAACAUCGAGAUCGGCAUUGUCAACGAGUCUGGCUUCCGCCGGCUCAGCCCGGCUGAGGUGAAGGACUACCUGGCCAAUAUCGUUUGAGCAGCUGACCCGCCCUGCCGCAGGUCGCCCUCGUUCGCUCGUCCGUCGCGUACCUGGUCGAAGGUCUGUUCGGCGUAAGGGAGGUCCACAUUUUGUCUGACGACCUACCCGGAGCGGGUGCAUCCCACACCCGCCCGAAUGUGCGGACUGUGGGACCCACUCCUGCCCGACGAAGGCCCGGGGUAUGCGGAACACGCCGUCAAUACAUUUUGUCUCGUUCGACAGGA